AUGUCCGGAAUCUUCUCAAAAGACGCCGUUGCGUCUCACAACAAGUCAGACAGCCUCUGGGUUGUCAUUGACGAGGAUGUCUACGAUCUCACCAAAUUCCAGGACGAGCAUCCUGGCGGUAAAAAGAUCCUGCAGCGAGUUGCUGGAAAGGAUGCCUCGAAACAGUUCUGGAAAUACCACAAUGCGGGUGUGUUGAAGAAAUACAGCGCACAGCUCAAGGUUGGAUCAUUAGAUUCGAAGAAAGUUGCUGCUGCACCACAGUCUCCUCCGUCGCCCCUCGCCACGCCUCCAACGGUGGCUUCUUCCGCAUUGGAAAAUACAGUCGCAUCCAGAACCACUGCGCCUUCUCAUGCUUUAGACCCUUACGGUGAUUUGGUGCCAUUUGCGGAUCCAGCAUGGUAUCAAGGGUACCACUCCGUAUACUACAACGAGACUCACGAAGCUCUCCGCGACGAGGUUCGCAAUUGGGUAGAGUCCGAGAUCGAGCCGUAUGUUCAGGAAUGGGACGAGGCUAGGGCUAUUCCCGAAGACCUAUACAAGCAGAUGGGUGAGCGAGGAUACCUUGCGGGACUGAUGGGUGUGGCAUAUAAUCCAGCCCUGUCCAAGAACAAAGUCAAGUCCGUCCCGCCCGAGAAGUGGGAUUUCUUCCACGAAUUCAUUGUCACCGAUGAGCUCUCGCGAGCCGCUAGCGGUGGUCUCGUAUGGAAUCUCAUUGGAGGGUUUGGUAUCGGAUGUCCUCCUGUCAUGAAGUACGGAAAGAAGGAGCUAAUUGACCGUAUUGUCCCCGGUAUAUUGGCUGGUGAGAAACGUAUCUGUCUUGCCAUUACUGAGCCAGAUGCUGGAAGCGAUGUCUCCAACAUCACCUGUGAAGCUAAGUUGACUCCUGAUGGGAAGCACUAUAUUGUCAACGGUGAGAAGAAGUGGAUUACCAAUGGUAUAUGGUCCGAGUAUUUCACCACGGCGGUACGGACUGGCGAAGCUGGCAUGAAUGGUAUCAGCGUUUUGCUCAUCGAGCGGUCGGCUGGAGGUGUUAAAACCCGCAAGAUGGAUUGUCAGGGUAUGUCGACUAGCGGCACCACUUACGUCACUUUCGAGGACGUCAAAGUGCCCGUUGAAAACUUGAUUGGCAAGGAGAACCAGGGCUUCAAGGUUAUCAUGAUGAACUUCAACCACGAACGCAUUGGCAUAAUAAUCCAAUGCGUCCGCUUUUCCCGCGUCUGCUACGAGGAAUCCGUCAAAUACGCCCACAAGCGUCGCACCUUCGGCAAGCGCCUCAUCGACCACCCAGUCAUUCGCAUGAAGCUCGCACACAUGGCGCGCCAAAUUGAGGCAUCGCACAACUGGCUUGAGAAUAUCAUCUACCAAUGCCAGUCCAUGGACGAUACUGAAGCCGCGUUCCGUCUGGGCGGUGCCAUUGCGGGCCUCAAAGCGCAGUCUACAACGACGUUUGAAUUCUGUGCGCGUGAGGCGAGUCAGAUUUUUGGUGGCUUAAGUUAUACACGCGGCGGCCAGGGAGGAAAGAUUGAGCGGCUCUAUCGGGAUGUGCGUGCCUAUGCGAUUCCGGGCGGGAGUGAGGAGAUUAUGUUGGAUCUCAGCAUGAGGCAGAGCUUGAAGGUGCAUCAAUUCUUUGGGAUGAAGCUGUAG